UGUCUUCUUUAUUUUUUAAUUACAUUUGAUCCACACAAUAUUGUUUUUGUCUACUGCGGUAAUGGCUGUGAUGCAAUAUGGAGUUCGCAACUUGUUUGGCAAGUGUACCUUUUUUUGGGGGUUACGCAGACGUGGUCUUUGUACUUAUGUCGAGCGGCCUAAGUCUAAAAAUAUUUUAAAACUCAGCCUGAUUGGGGCUAGUUUUGGUAUAACAUUAGGUGCAGCUUAUGCGCUUAAGCGCAUUAAUGACUCUCGACAAAAACUGGUUCUAGAAGGCGUGGAAAUAAAACACAACAUUCUGAAGUACAAGCCGAACGUAAAGACUUCAAGACGGAUAAUUUCGCCGCUGGAUACUACAGGAUUAAAACUAACAUUAUUCCAAUAUCAAACAUGCCCUUUUUGCUGCAAGGUACGAGUUUUGUUAGAUUAUUAUGGAUUAUCUUAUGAUGUUGUUGAAGUUGAUCCUGUAAUGAGGAAAGAAAUAAACUGGUCUGACUACAAAAAAGUACCUAUACUUUUAACUAAAGUAACUAAUGGAUAUCAACCUUUAAAUGAUAGUUCUAUGGUGAUUUCAACUCUUACAUCUUAUUUACAUGACAGAACAAAAAAUAUCGAGGAUUUAGUAUCAUAUUAUCCGAUUACAGCAGUAUAUAAUGAAAAAGGAAGGCUUCAAUAUGAAGUUAUUAAUAAAUAUUUUCUUAUGUAUCAAAAUUCUAUUCCAAAAAAUAGGACAUUAGAUAGUAUUGUCGAAGAGCGGGAAUGGAGAAAAUGGACUGAUGAAGUUUUUGUGCACACGCUUUCACCAAAUGUGUACAGGACAUUACCUGAAGCUUAUGAAACGUUUAAAUGGUUUUCAAAGGUUGGUCACUGGGAGGAAUAUUUUCCAGCAUGGGAACGAAUAGUCAUGAUUCAUGUCGGUGCUUUGGCAAUGUGGAUGAUAUCCAAAAAACUGAGAAAACGACAUAAUUUGAAAAAUAAUGUAAGAGAAUCUUUUUACGAUCAAAUCAAUGUUUGGCUUAAUGGAAUUAAAGCUAAAGGUGGAACGUUUAUGGGUGGAGCCCAUCCAGAUUUGUCUGACUUAGCUGUAUAUGGAAUGUUAACGUCUAUCGAAGGUUGUAAAGCAUUUAAAGACGCAAUAAUAUUUACAAACCUAGGAACAUGGUUUUAUGCAACAAAAGAAAAAGUUGAAUCUCAUUCAGGCUUAUAG